AUGGCCGAAUCCACCACCGCUGCCGCCGCAGCGGCUGAGCAGCCCGCAUUCACCCCACUUCCUCGCCGCACCGUCACCCUCGCCAACCCCUCCACCAACACCACCAUUACGGCCAGCUAUGCCGCUUCCUUCCCCGGCGACAAGCCUGACCCGGCCAAGCCCACCAUCGUCUUCUUCCACUCCUUCACCAGCGACUCCUCCCUCUUCGCUCCGCAGUUCGCCGACCCGCGUCUCAAGGACUCGUACAACCUGAUCGCCGUCGACCUCCUGGGCCACGGCGGUACGAGGAUUUAUGCCUCGAGUGAGGGCGUCGAGGAUGAGACGGAGAGGGAGAGGUUGCAGAGGGAUCAGUGGACGUAUUGGGACAGCGCGUGGAUGACCGUCGGGCUGGUGAGGGAGCUGGGGGUGAAGAAGUUCUUCGUUGGUGGGACGAGCCAGGGUGGAUGGGUUGCGGUGAGAGUGGCGUUGGUGGCGCCGGAGAUGGUCCUCGGCGUCGUCCCCAUGGGCACAUCCAUCGACCACGAGUCCCCCCGCUCCAUGGAACUCGGCUGCUGGGACGGCCGCGCCGUCGCCUUCGGCGGGCCCAUCGCCUUCACCACGUCCGCCACCGCGACCCCGGACUUCGCGCCUCCGGACCAGUACUGCGACUACCUCCUCUCGGUCGGCAUCGGCGCGGCCCGCCUCUCGCCUGAGGCCAGCCGCUACUGGACCGCCCGCAUCAAGCAGAACUACGCCGGCGACGCCGGCCGCCGCCGCAUGCGCACCGCCGCCGUCAACCUGGCCGAGAGGGACGGCCUGGGCGCCCGCGUCGAGGAGGUGCGCUGCCCCGUGCUGUGGCUGCACGGCGAUAAGGAUGAGGUUUAUAGCGUGAGGAAUGCGGAGGAGGGGAUCAAGGCGUUUGGAGGGGGCGAGGAGAAGAAGUUGGUCGUUGUGAAGGAGGGAUCGCACUUUUUGAGCGCGAGCAAUUUUGGGGAGGUUAAUGGGCUGAUUGAUGAGUUUGUGAAGAAGUGGUGGAAGGGUGCGGAGGCGUGA